AAUCAUGAGUUGAAAUUCUUCUUCCCAUCCCCAGAUGCAACCACCAUGGAAGCUCCGAAGAAAUGGAGCGUCACCUUCACGAAGCACCUGAAGCAGAAGCGCAAGGUCUAUUGCGACGGCUUCCUCUCUCUCCAUACCUCCACCGGAAAGGUAAUGCUCUACGAUGACAGCGAGCAGUUGCUGGAAUGCAGGAUUUUGAAGAAUGAUGAAGUUGUUAGUUCUGGUGAGACACUGGCGUUCAAUUCUUAUUUGGUUGAUGUUGGAGAGCCUGAAGAAGGGCAGAGGCCUCUAGAUGAUACUUAUAUUCGCAGCCGAGAAAAUAGAGUUCCUAAGGGAAGAGCUUCCCUUCACAGAAACAAGUUCGUCAAAUUAUCAGAUUGUGCCGUCGGAAUGUCGUGAUCAUCCACGUGUGUUACUGAAUAAUCCCCUUGGCUUAUGUUUUAAGAAGAU